UUGUUGUGUAAUGUAUAGUAACUACUGUUGUUUUUGACAAAAAGUGCGUUUAUUUUUCACGUUUGGAAAGUUUUCAUAUCAAAGUUUGCUCGAAUGAGACUGUUACGAAUAGGUGCUUACAAAACGGCGACUGCGAAGCCGAGGGACCGAUGGUUUCAAAGGUUUUAUUCAUCCGCUUCAACCUUGCUAGAAAGCCGGGAUCUAACAUCCGAAAUGAAAUUAGAGCUGGAGCAAAAGUGGCGUAAUAAUUUGGGUGAUUAUAGAUUUGAUUCAACCAGCAAAAGACCGAAACGUUACGUAUUGUCGAUGUUUCCGUACCCUUCUGGAAAUUUACACAUGGGCCAUGUUCGGGUUUACGCCAUAAGCGAUUCAAUGGCCCGAUUCUACCGGAUGAAUGGCGACAAUGUUUUACAUCCAAUGGGGUGGGAUGCAUUCGGGCUACCGGCAGAAAAUGCUGCCAUUCAAAGACGCAUCCCAGCGGAUCGUUGGACCAAACAAAACAUACAACAGAUGAGGGAACAGUUCCUGAAGUUACAGUUCAGCUUUGACUGGGAGAGAGAGUUUGCUACCUGUGAUCCAGAGUACUAUCGCUGGACACAGAAAUUGUUCCUUAUGCUGUAUAACGAUGGUUUAGCUUAUCAGAAGGAAGCAUUGGUUAAUUGGGAUCCAGUUGACGAGACAGUGCUAGCUGACGAGCAAGUUGAUGAGAACGGGUGCUCUUGGCGAUCUGGAGCUAAGGUGGAGAAAAAGGCUUUGCGGCAGUGGUUUAUCAAAACUACUAAAUUUGCUAAAUCGCUAUACGAUGGGUUGUCGGAUCCAAUAUUGGAAGAUUGGAAAGAUAUUAUAAAACUACAAAAGCAUUGGAUCGGCGAAUGCGAUGGAUACAUAGUCGAGUUAAAUGUGAUGGGCGAUAAUAGGACCAUUCCACUUUGGAUUAGUGAUAUUAGGCAACUAAAUGAGGCAUUGUUUGUAGCAAUGCAUCCUACAAGCUUGCUCAACACUAGUAAUGCGAAGGAGGAAAAGAUGAGUAUGGUUCUGGAAAACCCUAUUUCGGGAAAACCUCUUCCGGUCAUUGUGUCGGAAAAAGUUACUUUUCCAGAGGGAAAUGAUUGCUAUCUAGGGGUUGCGUCAGUUGAUAGAGACUGUCAAUUGGCCUUACUUCAUCAGUGUCCAGUAGAACCUGCGUCCGAACCAAAAGUCGAAAAGAAGGAAAUUUCUGAACAAGUCGCUUACCAAUCAAGUUCAAAAUUACGCGACUGGUUAAUCUCUCGGCAACGUUUCUGGGGCACACCAAUACCAAUAAUACACUGCCCAAGCUGCGGAUCCGUACCAGUGCCAGAGUCACAUUUACCGGUUGAGCUACCACUGGAUUCUGUAGGUAUACCACUCUCACAAAAUCAUGACUGGAUUAAAACAACCUGCCCCAAUUGCCACUCGGAACAAGCAACGCGAGAAACAGAUACCAUGGAUACCUUCGUGGACAGCUCAUGGUAUUUUUUGCGUUUCAUAGACCCGAAAAAUCAACACAAUCCUUUUGAUCCAAAAUUAUCCGGUCAAUUCAUGCCGGUAGAUCUGUACGUUGGCGGAAAAGAACAUGCAGUUCUGCACAUGUACUACGCACGAUUUAUGAAUCAUUAUUUACAUAGUAAAGGAUUGGUUCCAUGCCCGGAACCAUUCAAACGUCUGUUGAUUCAGGGCAUGGUGAUGGGACGUUCGUUCCGAUUGAAAGAUAGCGGAAAGUAUCUUCCAGCUGAUCAGGUUACCAUUGUAGACGAGAAAAAGAAUAAGGCGAUUGAAUCUACUACCGGAUUACCUGUUGUUACUCUAUGGGAGAAAAUGUCCAAAUCCAAACUGAACGGAGUUGACCCACUAGACGUGCUGAAGCAGCAUGGGUGCGACACUUUGAGACUUAUUUUGUUGGGAGAUGUUGCCCCUACUUCGCACAGGAAUUGGUCGGAAGCGACAUUCUCAGGAAUCCUGAAUUGGCAAAGGCGCAUAUGGAUGACAAUGCACGAUUAUCGAAUGCAUCGAAAUUCUAUCAAACUAGAAAAUCGCGUCCCUCUCUCAGAGGAAUUCCACGAGCAGGACUUAAAGCUGUGGGACGCACGAAAUUACUUCGUGGCCGGUGCUACGUUCAACUAUAGACACUCUCAUCAGCUGAGUGUGGGCAUUUCCAAAAUGCAAGGUCUAACGAAUGCAAUUCGUCGAUCAUCUCCAGAGGUGGUUUCAUUCAGUCGGCAAUACGAGCGUGCAAUAGCGGCACAGAUUAUUAUGCUGGCUCCGAUGGCUCCACACUUUGCUUCGGAACUGUGGGAGCAGUUUGUGGCGUUGCCUCAUCGAUUGAAUCCAAACUCGGACGAAAUCAAUUGGGAUGGUGGUUUGUUUGACCAAAAUUGGCCAGUCGUUGAUGGAGAUUAUUCACUGGAUUUGACGUUCAAAGUGAACGGUUAUGAGUGUUGUAUCCUAAAAAUGCCAACGAAGGAUCUUAAUCAGCUCUCCCACAAGCAAUCAGAGGAUCUUGCCUUCCAGCAGCAGGCAGUCCUGAAAUACAUCGGUCGGCGAAAAGUUCGCAGCACCGAGUUUGUUUUGUAUCCUAAUUGUGACGCUAUUCUGAGCAUCUUUUUAGAACUGGGGUUGAAUGAAAAUACGGAACAGUUAGAAGGUGCACCCCACAAAAAGGUAAAAAAGGACAAAAAGAAGAAGAAUAAACUGAAACAGGUAGCUGAACUAUAGAGCUUCAAAAUUGAGAAAAAUAAAAUAA